AUGUCCGUCGACUCGUCUGGCGUUUGCUCGUCCUCCGUAUCCGGGGAGAGCGCGGAGGAGUCGGUGUCGAGGAUCGUCGGGCCGGUCCAACGAAUGCUGCUGGUGGAUCGCGGCGACGCCACGGUGAGCCCCCCGUGUUGGGAGCCCUUGCCGGCGCGAUUUCUCUACGACGCCGAGGGCUUACCGCGCCCUGAGGUCAUGAAGGAGCACUUCCGGCGGGAGGGUCUCCUGCACGAGGCGGACGCCCUGCGCAUCGUGACCUGCUGCGCGAUGAUCCUGAAGGAUGAGCCGAAUGUCGUGAAUAUGGAGGACCCCGUCGUGAUUGUGGGGGACCUCCACGGACAAUUUUAUGAUCUUCUUUCCCUUUUUGAGCUCGGUGGGGACCCUGCUCUUCAGAAGUACAUCUUUUUAGGGGAUUACGUCGACCGGGGCUACUUUGGGGUCGAGAUUAUUUUGUUGUUAAUGUGUUAUAAAAUACGCUACCCCCGUACGAUGGUGAUUCUCCGUGGUAAUCAUGAGAGCCGGCACCUCACUGCGUACUUUAACUUCAAGCGCGAGGUCGAGUACAAGUACUCGCGGACGCUCUACAACGAGAUCGUAUCGACUUUUGAUUGCUUGCCCUUGGCGUGUUCCCUGAAUAAUCGUUUUUUCUGUGUCCAUGCGGGUAUAUCCCCGGAGCUCACGAGCAUCGCGGACAUCAACGCGAUCAAUCGUUUUCGUGAGACUCCCAUCUCCGGCCCCAUGUGCGACCUCCUCUGGGCGGAUCCCAUGGAUGAGGGACGAAACAAUUCGAGGCACACGCAGACUUUUGUUCCCAACACCACACGAGGCUGCUCUUAUGAGUACAGCCAAUCCGCCGUGUGUAAGUUUCUCAAGUCGAACAAUUUGGUUUCCAUUAUUCGUGGCCACGAGGCACAAAGCGAGGGGUUCCACCUGUACAAAAAAGGCUCCCAUGGCUUUCCCUGUGUGAUUUGCGUCUUUUCGGCACCCAAUUACUGCCAUGCGUACAACAAUCGAGCCGCAAUUAUUCUGUUAGACAAGAAUAUCAUGAAAAUACGUCAGUUUAACAGCAGCCCUCACCCCUAUUAUUUGCCGAACUUCAUGAACGCUUUCGUGUGGUCGCUGCCCUUUUUGGAGGAGAAGUUGCUUGAGGUCGGGCUUCGCGUCCUGGAAACGUCGAACAGCGAGGCGGAGGCUGGCUCUGAGGUGGAGGACCAGCCCACGGCUCCGCCUACUUCGGACGCCUUCUCAGCGGACUACGGGGAGCGUGUGAAGGAGCGGAUCUCCGACAUGGAGAGGGUCUCUCGUCUAUUCCACACGCUCCACGAGGCGGAGGCGGGGCCCGAAAAAAGCGCCCCAUCGGGGCGGACCUCGCGUCUGGGAGUCGACUCUCCGCAACUCGAAAAGUCACCACCCUGCGGUGCCAUAUCCCCAGAAGUUACGAAGGAGGUGUGGGAUCAGGCCGAAUUCUAG